UCUCUCAGCUUUGUAGUCUACACUCUUCUUACUCUAGCUCCUCCAUUGAAUAGUAUCACUCACAAAUAUAUAUAAAAAUGGCAAUUAAUCCAUCCAUUUUCCUCACCAUAUUACCUCUCUUGCUCCUCUUGAACCCCACCAACGCUGGGAUCCCUGGUGCCUACUCCGGCAGCUCUUGGCAAACCGCUCACGCCACUUUCUACGGUGGCGACGACGCUUCCGGAACCAUGGGUGGUGCAUGCGGUUACGGUAACCUAUACAGUCAAGGAUACGGCACGAACACGGCCGCACUGAGUACAGCGCUUUUCAACACUGGCUUAACGUGCGGUGCUUGCUUUGAAAUCAAAUGUGUCAAUGAUCCUAAGUGGUGCCACUCAGGCAGUCCUUCUGUCUUUGUAACCGCAACCAACUUUUGUCCUCCGAACUUAGCCCAACCUAGCGACAAUGGUGGCUGGUGCAACCCACCACGCGCUCACUUCGACCUAGCCAUGCCAGUUUUCCUCAGGAUCGCUCAGUAUCGUGCUGGCAUUGUCCCCAUCUCUUACCGCAGGGUGGCAUGUAGGAAGAGUGGAGGGAUAAGGUUUACGAUCAACGGUCACCGUUACUUCAACUUGGUGCUAAUCACGAACGUGGCUGGAGCUGGAGACAUUGCGAGGGCGAGCGUGAAAGGAUCAAAGACAGGUUGGAUGGGUUUGACUAGGAACUGGGGACAGAACUGGCAGUCUAAUACUGUUCUCGUUGGUCAGUCACUUUCCUUCCGUGUCACAACCAGUGACCGUAGAACCUCUACGUCAUGGAACAUCGUACCUUCGAACUGGCAGUUUGGACAAACCUUUGUCGGAAAGAACUUCAGGGUCUAAAGUGAAGAAGCUCCUCUAUCAAAUGUGAGAUUUUUCUAUUUAUCAUUUUUCUUUACUGUAACCUGAAGUGGCUGUUGGGUAACCAGCCCGCAGCUCUUAGUAUGUAUGUAAUGUCGAAUAAUUUCAUUAUACUAUAGUUAUCAUUCACUUAUACAUAUAGUAACUAAAAAGCUUGUGUGUGUUUCUUUUCAAUAUGUUAAUCCUUCCUGCAAAAUUUAUAUACAUUGUAUUAAGUUUUUUU